ACACCGCCAAACCUCGCCCAGAGUCAGGCGUGGAAAGCAGCCUGAGCGGCGGCGGCGGCGGCGGCGGCGGCAGCGGCACAGACCGCCGUGGCGCCGGGAGCAGCGACCCGAAGGGAACUCGGGGCGACGGCGACGACGGGGACCCGGUGACAGCGCGAGAGGUACUAACUGUAACAAGUUUGCAUCAUGCGUGAAUAUAAGUUAGUCGUUCUUGGCUCAGGAGGUGUUGGGAAGUCAGCUCUGACUGUACAGUUUGUUCAAGGAAUUUUUGUUGAAAAAUAUGAUCCUACGAUAGAAGAUUCUUAUAGAAAGCAAGUUGAAGUAGAUGCACAGCAGUGUAUGCUUGAAAUCUUGGAUACUGCAGGAACGGAACAAUUUACAGCAAUGAGAGAUUUGUACAUGAAGAAUGGACAAGGCUUUGCUUUGGUUUACUCCAUCACAGCACAGUCCACAUUUAACGAUUUACAAGAUCUGCGAGAACAAAUUCUUCGGGUUAAAGACACUGAUGAUGUUCCAAUGAUUCUGGUUGGUAACAAGUGUGACUUGGAAGAUGAAAGAGUGGUAGGAAAGGAACAAGGUCAAAACCUAGCACGACAGUGGAACAACUGUGCAUUCUUAGAAUCCUCUGCAAAAUCAAAAAUAAAUGUUAAUGAGAUCUUCUAUGACCUAGUGCGGCAAAUUAACAGAAAAACUCCAGUGCCUGGGAAGGCCCGCAAAAAGUCAUCAUGUCAGCUGCUUUAAUGUACUGAAUGCAUUGUAGCUCUGAGCCAGGUCUGAAGAACUGUUGCCCAAUUCAACAGUGCCAGCAUUCCAACUUUGUUAAACCUACCAACAUCUUAAAUGGACUUUCCUGUGGUGGUACCCUUUAAGAGGCGGAUGAAAGCUACUAUAUCAGUUUGCACAUUCUAAUCACUUUCCAGUAUCACAAGAGAUUUUUACUUAUAUAAUAGUUCUAGAGUAUGCAGCUGGUAAAACCAGAGGCUACAUCCAGUAUUACUGCUAAGAGACGUUCUUCAUCCACCAAUGUUGUACGUGUAUGAAAAUGGUGUACUGUAUACUUUAACACACCCCAUACUUUGUAUCGGAGAGUACAAUAAUGUAAAUCCUAAAAGCACCACUAUUUUAGCAAAAUAAAAGAAAGUCCAAAGAGCUCCUAUAUAGACUACUCCAGAUAACUUCGCUUCUUUGAUACUUGUAGCUUAUUGUAAUUUUUUUUAAAUUCAAGGUCAUUAUCAUUGUAUUAUACAAAAUAAGCGCUUUGAUUAACACAGCUAUAUAGUUUUUUUAAUUUUUCAAAAACCUGUGGAGACAGUGAUCUUGUCUUUAAAAUAUAAUAGUCCUUUCAGUAUAAUGUCUUAGAUUAAAGACGUUGCCUUUAAUAUCUGUUGGGAAGGAAAUGUCCAGACUUUUCAAAUCUCCUUAUUAUAUGUUUCCUUUUUUUGUUUACAUAGGGAACAAUGUUUAUAGUUGUGUGUACAGUGGGGGUCUACAACAAGAAGUGUAUAUUUUCAAACAAUUUUUUAAUGAUUUAACAAUUUUUGUAAAUCAUUUUCAGGCUUCUGCAGCUGUAGAUUCUCACUGUGACUCCCUUGCUUGCUCAUGCAUACGUGUGUCUGCAAUACCAAAUAUACAGGUUUAGUAUCUUUGCCUGUUAGUGAUUGUUUCACAUGUGUAACGUUUUGGUUGAGAUGUUAAAUGGUGGACGAGUACUGUGGAUGUGAAUGUGGAAAGUAAUUUUAAUCAUGUGUAAUUGGUCACAAGGCCUGAUUUGCAGUAACUAUGCUGUUUUAUUUAACAAUGCCUUGUUGCUUUGUAUGCAUUAACGUUUGGGUGUAAAGAUUGUGUGUCCAUCCAACAGGGAGCCACAGUAUUUAAAUUGACCAACCUGAUGUUACAACAACUUUGAGGUGGCCAAAUGUAAACUAAAAGCCUUAAUUAAAGUGGUGCAAUUUUGUAUAACUUAGCAUCCGUAGUUCAAUAAAUUUGGAUUGCCGUGCAAGGGCUUGCAUUAUAAUUACUUGCCACUUGAAUGUGUUUUGUGUAAUGUUUUAACAGUGCUAGUAAAUAAAUAUGGGUUUACCUUUUUAAAUGUAA